GCCCCCGGCCGCCGCCGCCGCCCCGGCUGCCGAAGUCCCAGACAGUGUUUGCCCAGUUAGCCCUUUCUAAAACAUUCCAGACGUCUUCACUUUCCUGUCGCCUAACAACGCCAAGCAUCUCUUCUUGUGUCUGGCCAUUGAGAAGUUCCUCAGUACCCUGGCUGUUGACAGUAACUUUUGGCAGUGUUUGGGAGUCCCGUCAUCCCUGACAGUAUCCGAGAUAACAAGUUGUGGUAGUACAACCAUAUAAAUAAUUCCUGAAGUCUCAGUGUAACGCGGACAUUAACAGUGAUGACAUAUAAAUACAGAUGCUUGGGAAUUAAGUACUAGGCGAAACACUUCACAAGAGGCGUUUUAAGAGGUCCUAGUAUUCUCCGAGGCUGAAGCUGAGACCCUGAAAGCCUGAACCUUAAGCUCUGUUGUAGAUCAUAGCUCCGUCUCCUUGAGGAUAUAAGGAAGAGAAAUAAUAGUUCCACAAUGAUAGAUCUUUGGCUGUACAGGUUUCCCACUGGGUGGAUCAUGAUGACCGUAUGGUAGGGACUUGCCAUAGUAUGGCUGCUUCCCGAUCUACUCGUGUUACAAGAUCAACAGUGGGGUUAAACGGCUUGGAUGAAUCUUUUUGUGGUAGAACUUUAAGGAAUCGUAGCAUUGCUCACCCAGAAGAAAUCUCUUCUCAUUCUCAAGUACGAUCAAGAUCACCAAAGAAGAGGCCAGAGCCUGUGCCAGUUCAGAAAGGAAACAGUAACGGAAGACCUUCUGAUGUAAAACAGCAGAGUGCCCGAGAAUCAUGGGUAAGCCCUAGGAAAAGAAGACUUUCUUCUUCAGAGAAGGAUGACCUAGAAAGGCAGGCCCUAGAGAGCUGUGAGAGAAGGCAGACAGAGCCAGCGCCGCCAGUCCUAAAGAGCACUAAACGCUGUCUCAGAGGUGAAGCCGCAAACAGUUCAGAAGAAGAUUCACCUAUAAAACCAGACAAGGAGCCAGUAGAACACAGGAGGACAGUAGUGGACCAUGAUGCAGAGUUUCAAGGGACUAAACGAGCUUGUCGAUGUCUUAUAUUGGAUGAUUGUGAGAAAAGGGAAGUUAAAAAGGUGAAUGUCAGUGAGGAAGGGCCGCUUAAUGCUGCAGUAGUAGAAGAAAUCACAGGCUAUUUGACUGUCAAUGGUGUUGAUGACAGUGACUCAACUAUUAUAAACUGUGAUGAGUAUCAGCCUGACAGGAACACUAAACAAAAUAGCACUGGUUCCUAUGUGUUGCAGGAGAAAUCAGUAGCUGGAAAUGGGGAUUCGGAAACCCAGACUUCAAUAUUCUUUGGUAGUAGGAAGGAGGACAGUUGUAUAGACCAUAUCGUGCCUUGCACAAAGUCAGACGUGCAGGUCAAGUUGGAGGACCACAAACUAGUAACUGCCUGCCUGCCAGUGGAACGUCGGAAUCAGCUGACUGCCGAGCCAGCUUCAGGCCCUGUUUCUGAAAUUCAGUCAUCCUUAAGAGAUUCCGAGGAGGAAGUAGAUGUGGUGGGAGAUAGCAGUGCCUCAACAGAGCAGUGUAAUGAAAACAGCAGUAACCGUCUGGACACAGACUCUGAAGGCAUGCCAGUCUCUGGAGAGCCAGAACCGUCCUCUGUGCUAGACUGUGUUUCAGCUCAAAUGACGUCUUUAUCAGAACCUCAAGAACACCGAUAUACCCUGAGAACUUCACCUCGAAGGGCGGCCCCAGCCAGAGGUAGUCCCACUAAAAACACAUCUCCUUACAGAGAAAAUGGACAAUUUGAGGAGAAUAAUCUCAGUCCCAAUGAAAUAAAUACAUCUGUUAGUGAUAAUGUAAGUGAGUCUCCCACAGAUGCUGUUGACAUUUCUCAAGGUGAGAAGGCUCUAUGUCGUGAUUCACAGGACUGUGCAAGUGAAGGAGUAAGUAAGCCACCGUCAGAGGCCAGGCUGAGCACUGGACAUUUGCCGUCUGCCAGGGAGAGUGCCGGUCAGCACACUGCCGAAGAGGAAGACGAUGACCCCGAUGUUUAUUACUUUGAAUCAGAUCAUGUGGCACUGAAACACAACAAAGAUUACCAGAGACUGCUACAGACCAUCGCUGUACUUGAAGCUCAGCGUUCUCAAGCAGUGCAAGACCUGGAAAGCUUAGGCAAACACCAGAGAGAAGCACUAAAAAACCCCAUUGGGUUUGUGGAGAAACUUCAGAAGAAGGCUGAUAUAGGGCUUCCAUACCCACAGAGAGUUGUUCAGUUACCUGAGAUUGUGUGGGACCAGUAUACCAAUAGCCUCGGGAACUUUGAGAGAGAAUUUAAAAAUCGCAAAAGACACAGUAGGAGAGUUAAGUUAGUCUUUGAUAAAGUGGGCUUGCCUGCUAGACCAAAAAGUCCUUUAGAUCCUAAGAAGGAUGGAGAGUCCCUUUCCUACUCCAUGUUGCCUUUGAGCGAUGGUCCAGAAGGCUCCCAUAGUCGUCCUCAGAUGAUAAGAGGUCGCCUGUGUGAUGACACCAAACCUGAAACAUUCAACCAGCUGUGGACUGUUGAAGAACAGAAAAAACUUGAACAACUGCUCCUGAAAUACCCUCCUGAAGAAGUAGAAUCUCGGCGCUGGCAGAAGAUUGCAGAUGAACUGGGGAACCGGACAGCCAAACAGGUUGCCAGUCGUGUACAGAAGUAUUUCAUAAAGCUAACUAAAGCCGGCAUUCCAGUUCCAGGCAGAACACCUAACUUAUAUAUAUACUCCAGAAAGUCCUCAACAAGCAGACGACAGCACCCCCUUAAUAAGCACCUCUUUAAACCUUCCACUUUUAUGACUUCACAUGAGCCACCAGUGUAUAUGGAUGAAGAUGAUGACCGGUCCUGUUUCCAUAGCCACAUGAGCUCUGCUGUUGAGGAGGCAUCAGACGAAGAAAGCAUUCCUAUGACGUAUAGGAGUUUACCUGAAUAUAAAGAACUAUUGCAGUUUAAAAAGUUAAAAAAGCAGAAACUGCAACAAAUGCAAGCAGAGAGCGGGUUUGUGCACCAUGUGGGCUUUAAGUGUGAUAACUGUGGCGUAGAACCGAUCCAGGGUGUCCGGUGGCACUGCCAGGACUGUCCUCCAGAAAUGUCUUUGGAUUUCUGUGACUCUUGUUCAGACUGCCCACAUGAAACAGAUAUUCACAAGGAAGAUCACCAGUUAGAACCUGUGUAUAAGUCAGAGACAUUCUUAGACAGAGACUACUGUGUGUCCCAGGGCACCAGUUAUAGUUAUCUUGACCCCAACUACUUCCCAGCUAACAGAUGACAUGGGAGAGCGCGUCGGCACUAGUCCUCGUCAACAUGCAGCAGUGGCAUCGGUGUUGAUGGUGUGCACAGUCUGGACACUCACGGCCUGAGAGCUCCCCGAGUGUUCUCGUAAGUGCAGCUCUGCACCGUGUGGCUGCACAGCAGCAGCUGAACAUUCCUGGUGAGCUGAGAGUUUCCGUGGUGAAAUUGUCACCACCACGUUUAAAGCCUUGUAGGUGGUGAUCUUAAGUGAGUGAGAUGGAAAUGAAAGCCCGCAUUAAUGCCAGAGUAAAUUCCAAAGGUUUUAAAGACGUCGGUCGUAAAUAGGAUAAGGAAAGACAAAGUAUUUAUAUUAAACCAGUUUAGUAGCUUUCAGUUUUGUGGAGAUAAUUUUCAGCACAGAAACAGACUUACAGACAAAGUUUUAACCAAUGAUGGUGUUUGCUUCUAGGAUGUGUACUGUAAAAGAACUCACUGUCCGGUGGUCACUGAUGGCCUUUAGUAGACUGGAGCUGCUUAACGGUUUGAUACCUAACUUUGAAUCACGAUGAACUGUCCUUACCAAGAGCAAAGCGCACGGUAGCUGUGACUUUGCUUCCAUAGCCAGCUCAUGGGGUGUGAAUGUCAUAAAGUUGUCAUGCAGAUAUAUUUUUAAACGUCAUGUUAUAUAAGAUGAUCAUGUGAUGUGUACAGACUAUGGUGAAAAGUGCCAGUGGUAGUAACUGUGUAAAGUCUCUGAUUCACAACAUUAAUCCCUUUAAAGUACACAGCCUUCUGCCUCUGUAUUUGGAGUUGUCAGCACAGCUCAUCAAAGAAAACUGCCUAAUAUAAAAAUCAUAUAUAUGGUGAUAAUUUCCCCCUCUUUUGUAGUCUGCACAAGAUCCAUAAAAGAUUGUAUUUUUAUUACUAUUUAACGAGUGAUUAAAUGUAGUCUGCACAGUGAGCAAGAGUUCACGAGCAUUCUUUUAUACUGCUGGAUUUUGUUGUGCAUCACUUAAAACCUUUUGUAUGUUUCUUAUCUGUGUAUACAGUAUGUUCUUGAAUAAUGUUCAUUUGUCAGGAGAACUGUGAGAAAUAAACUAUGUGGAUAUGUUUGUUUAUAUUAUAGAAUGCUUGUUGUGGCUUCCUUUGGGUCAAAUUUGGAUUUUUUUUCAAGUGUUAAAGUAGGAUUUAUUAUUUAAGUCUGUUUCUCUUCUGUAUCUGCUUCCUGUUCUUCAUAAGGGUGUCGAUGUCUUGUGGAAGGGAGCAUGAGCUUGAGACCAGCUAGAGGGUUAGCGUGUUGAGGCGCUGCACAGGACAGGUACCGACUGAAGUCCACAUGUGCAGCCUAAAUAUAUGUUUUAUUCUAGUAGUUUUUCCUUAAUAAAAUUAAAUUCCUGUGUAUUCAAGCAGGUGAUUUCCAAAAAUUAUCAACAAAGAAAAAGAUAGUAUAUUCUAUGGUAGAUUGAGUAUUAAUACGAGUCUGGUUUUUAACAUUGUUUUUAAGUUCAGGGAACAUUAUUUACUAAUUCUCUUCAGUACUCAGCAAGGUAUUAAAACCUACCCUGAAUUUUUUAAUUAAGAAAAAUAUAAAAUUUUAAAUAUGAAGAAGAAAAGUUUAAAUAAUAUAUUGAUUAUGUAUCACUGGUCAUAUUGAUACAGUCUAUUGUACCCAGAAAGAAAAGUUGACAGGCUUUUAUCUCUGGGUUACUAGUGAAGGAGAGGCAGUUAAACUAGGUGUCUUAUACUAAAUGUUGAGUGCCCAUGCCAGAGGGCUCCUUCCACCUGCAGUAUGCAGGACAGUUUGCACCUGUCUGUAAAGAGACAGUACUAGGUAGUUCUGGAGUCCAGUUCAGAUCCAUCCAAACAUCCCAUAAAGGCUGACGUACACUCUGGAAGGGGAUGGGUUGUGAU